AUGGGAUUUGGUAGAAAAAUAAUAGUAUGCUUGUUGAUGAUCAUCACAAUAGGGUGUAAUGAGAUUGAUGGUAGAGAACCUGUGCUGCAUAGGGUUGGAGGUGGAAAGUAUACUUGGAAACCAAAAAUUAACUUCACACAAUGGGCAAGUAAUGAGCACUUCUACAAGGAUGAUUGGCUAUAUUUUGGUUUUGAUAAGCACGUUUAUAAUGUUCUUGAGGUGAACAAAACAAGUUAUGAGAAAUGUAUUGACACUGGCUACAUAAACAACAUCACUAGAGGAGGAAGAGAUGUUUUCCCACUUUCAGAAGAGAGGACAUAUUACUUUCUAUGUGGUAGAGGCUUUUGCUUCCAAGGAAUGAAGGUUAAAAUAACCGUUGAACCACUUGAGCUACCACUACUACCUCCUCCGACAAUCCCGAAUAAGGCUGGCUCAUCAAGAAAAAUGAAUUACAGUGUAUUCAUUAUGCUUUUAGUCAUCGCUUUGGCGUGGAUCUUCGUGUAG